CGCGCAUUUCCAUUUUAAACCGCUGCCCGCCCGACCGCCCGCCCCUCGACGGACCGCGGCGGGCGCAGCUACCCGCAGGCCUCCAUCCCCGGGAUAGGCGGAGGCUGCGGGACCGCCGAGCUGUGCAGGAAAAGGCCGUGGGAUGCGCUUGGGCCCCGCGCCCUAGACAAUGAAGCCCCGGGCGCCGCCGCCUGCAGUGGGUCCUGCGCGCCCAGGCCGCACCUGCCGGCGAGGCGCGUUCCGCGCCUGAGCGCCCCCCCCAGCCCCCCAUGGCUCGGCUCCCCGGGUGCGGACCCCGGCACUCGGGCCGCGUGGCUCGCAGGCAGGCGGACUCCAGGGGCGCUAUUCCCGCAGCCUAAGCGCGGGCCUCGUUGCGCGCGGGGGGCGUGGGCGCCGCUCCCUGUCGGCCCAGGUUGUGCACCUGGCCGGCUCUGCGCCCGCGGCGCGCGUCCCGACGACCGGCGGCGCUGGAUGCAGUCGAGCCUCGGAGGGCGGCGCGGAGGCCGCGGCCCCUGGGGAUAUGUACCUGCUGGACGGCAGCGGCGAGCCCGCGUCGCCGCCGGCGGACGCGAUGCCGCGCGGGACGCCCCCCAGGAAGACUGUCUACCGCAUCUCGGUGACCAUGGUCAGGAAGGAGCAGCUGGCCACUCCAGCUCCGCUCCCCACUCGGCGUCUCCGGUCCGCGCGGUCCCCGGACGCGCCCGGGCUGCUGGAAGAGGAGGCCGAGGAUGCGGCGGCUGAGGAUCCUGAGGCCGGGCCGCGCGCCUGGGACUUCCGCGCCUUCCGCACACGCAGCACCGGGCAGCUGGAGCUCGGGCGGCUGAGGCCAUGCACCCGCGGCGUGGAGCCCACUGACCUGAUAGGCAGCCCCUCGGCCGAGGGGCCCAGCAGCCCUGAUGGGGAAGAGCCUCGGGCCGCGCCCCUGCGGCGGAGUCUCAGCUUCAGGCACUGGAGCGAGCCCGAGGCGCCGCGGAGCCCUGCGCUGAGCAGCGGGAGGCGCCACAGCAGCUCCGGGAGCCUGGCAUGGGUGCCCGACGACGAGGUCGAGGCUGAGGUCGGCCCGGAGCUGGUGACCGGAGCGCAGCCGGUGGUGGAGAAGCGCAACACCUUGGAUGUAGGCGAGGUGCUCAGCAAGAACGAUGCGCUUUCGGACCUGGAGCGCUGGGAGCGCAGCAAGAGCAAGAACCGCACGCUGGACAACAGCGACCUGCAGCGGCUAGAGCGCGCGCGGGCCGCGGCCGCCGGCCCCGGGGCAGCCUCGGAGCACCGGCUGCUGCGCUUCUUCAGCGGAAUCUUCGCGCGCAGGGACGGUGGGCCCUCACCCCGCAGCGGUGCCCUGCGCUCCCGCGGUUACUUCAGUUUGCGGCGGGCUCCGGCCGACACUCAUUCGUCUAGCGCAGAGAGCAUCGAGGGUUCUCCGCGCAGAGAUGCUUUUGUGAACAGCCAGGAAUGGACACUCAGCCGAUCUGUACCGGAGCUCAAAGUGGGAAUUGUGGGUAAUUUGGCCAGUGGCAAGUCUGCGCUGGUGCACCGGUACCUCACAGGCACAUAUGUGCAGGAGGAGUCUCCAGAAGAUAUGGACGCAGGUGGCAGGUUCAAGAAGGAGAUUGUGGUUGACGGACAGAGUUAUCUGCUGCUGAUUAGGGAUGAAGGGGGUCCCCCGGAGGCACAGUUCGCCAUGUGGGUGGAUGCGGUCAUCUUUGUCUUCAGCCUGGAGGAUGAGAUCAGUUUCCAGACUGUCUACCAUUACUACAGCCGAAUGGCCAACUACAGGAACACCAGCGAGAUUCCACUGGUGCUGGUGGGGACCCAGGAUGCCAUAAGUUCCACUAACCCGAGGGUCAUCGAUGAUGCCAGGGCACGGAAGCUCUCCAACGACCUGAAGCGCUGCACGUACUACGAGACAUGCGCCACCUAUGGGCUCAACGUGGAGCGGGUCUUCCAGGACGUUGCCCAGAAGAUCGUUGCCACGAGGAAGAAGCAGCAGCUGUCCAUAGGACCCUGCAAGUCCUUGCCCAACUCACCAAGCCACUCCUCUGUGUGUUCUGCCCAGGUGUCAGCCGUGCACAUCAGCCAGACAAGUAAUGGAGGCGGGAGUCUGAGUGACUACUCCUCCUCAGUCCCUUCGACCCCAAGCACCAGCCAGAAGGAGCUGCGGAUCGACGUCCCUCCCACUGCCAACACCCCGACACCUGUCCGGAAGCAGUCCAAGCGCAGGUCCAACCUAUUCACAUCUAGGAAAGGGAGCGACCCAGACAAAGAGAAGAAAGGCCUGGAGAGCCGUGCGGACAGCAUCGGGAGCGGGCGAGCCAUCCCAAUUAAACAGGGCAUGCUGCUGAAGAGAAGUGGCAAGUCACUUAACAAAGAGUGGAAGAAGAAGUAUGUCACCCUGUGCGACAACGGCGUGCUGACCUACCACCCCAGUUUACAUGAUUACAUGCAGAAUGUCCACGGCAAAGAGAUUGACCUCCUGAGAACCACUGUGAAAGUGCCGGGGAAGAGGCCACCCCGAGCCACGUCGGCCUGCGCACCCAUCUCCAGUCCCAAAACCAAUGGCCUGUCCAAGGACAUGAGCAGUUUACACAUCUCACCAAAUUCAGGGAAUGUCACUAGUGCGUCUGGGUCUCAGAUGGCAAGCGGCAUCAGCCUGGUCUCCUUCAACAGCCGACCCGAUGGCAUGCACCAGCGCUCCUACUCAGUCUCCAGUGCCGACCAGUGGAGUGACGCUACAGUCAUUGCAAACUCAGCCAUCAGCAGUGACACGGGGCUGGGUGACUCGGUGUGUUCCAGCCCAAGUAUCUCCAGCAGCACCAGCCCCAAGCUUGACCCACCCCCCUCCCCCCACGCCAACAGAAAGAAGCACCGGAGGAAGAAAAGUACCAGCAACUUCAAGGCUGACGGGCUCUCGGGCACUGCUGAAGCCAAACGCAAAGCAUGGAAACUAAACCGUGUUGGUAGCCUGCGAAACAUAUACAGCAGCAGCAGCACCAACACUGAAGAGCAAGAAGAAAACUUUGAGUUUAUCAUUGUGUCCCUCACUGGCCAGACAUGGCACUUUGAAGCCACCACAUACGAGGAACGAGACGCAUGGGUCCAAGCCAUCGAGAGCCAGAUCCUAGCCAGCCUCCAGUCCUGCGAGAGCAGCAAGAAUAAGUCCCGACUAACCAGCCAGAGCGAGGCCAUGGCACUUCAGUCCAUCCGUAACAUGAGAGGAAACUCCCACUGUGUGGACUGUGACGUCCAAAACCCUAACUGGGCCAGUUUGAACUUGGGAGCCCUCAUGUGCAUCGAGUGCUCAGGGAUCCACCGGAAUCUUGGCACGCAUCUCUCUCGGGUCAGGUCUCUAGAUCUUGAUGACUGGCCCAUGGAGCUGAUCAAAGUGAUGUCAUCCAUCGGGAAUGAGUUGGCCAACAGCGUGUGGGAAGAAAGCAGCCAGGGACGGACAAAGCCCUCAUUGGACUCCACAAGGGAAGAAAAGGAACGAUGGAUCCGGGCCAAGUAUGAACAGAAACUCUUCCUGGCCCCACUGCCAUGUGCAGAGUUCUCCCUGGGCCAGCAACUGCUGCGUGCCACCGCCGAGGAAGACCUGCGGACCGUCAUCCUGCUCCUGGCGCACGGGUCCCGGGACGAGGUGAAUGAGACCUGUGGGGAAGGAGACGGCCGCACAGCACUACAUCUGGCCUGCCGCAAGGGCAACGUGGUCCUGGCUCAGCUGCUAAUCUGGUACGGGGUGGACGUCAUGGCUCGAGACGCCCACGGGAACACAGCACUGGCCUAUGCCCGGCAGGCCUCCAGCCAGGAGUGUAUUGAUGUGCUGCUGCAGUAUGGCUGCCCCGAUGAGCGCUUUGUGCUCAUGGCGACCCCCAACCUGUCCAGGAAGAGCAACAGCAGGAACAACAGUAGCGGGAGGGCGCCCAGCAUCAUCUGAGGUCGGCCAACUCUGCACCUGGGGCCACGCCCACCUGCUCCCUCCAGAAGCCACAGCACGUGAGUCCCUCAGCUCCCUCCCUCUUCCUGGGGGUCACUUCACCCACCUACCACUCACACACUCCACAAGAAAUCUCCAAACCUGGACACCCUCAAGGGGAGAAGAGGAGACUGGAGGCCACAGAACCGAACUCUUUUUCCCACACUCCGGAAGCCACGCAGGAGGGACCGACAACCUCCCGGCUUUGAGGAUAGCACACGAUCGACGGGGACCCCUGUUCCAAUGACCUGGAGCACGGGGGGAGGGGUAGCGAGGAGAAGGGGCAUCUUCCCCUAACUGGCAGUUAAGCACAUCAGUACAUUUCACCUCGACCAAAAGGAGGCUUGGAUUCCACGUCUUCUCUGGGGAGCUUGACGGCAUAAAUCAGAAGCGAGCACAGUUUGUCAGGUCUGAAGCCCCUAUGAUGGUAGGUGUCAAAUCAUUUGUAGCUAAUCUGUCCAGGGAGAAUACUGGCUUCAUUACACUUGUAUAGUCGAGUUCCUCCAGCAUUACCGCUGUUUAAUAGAACGUGAUUAGUCAUCACCGGGAAGAAGGCAUAUUAGCCGAGGAGGUAGUUACACGGCACGCUCCGGUGAUUGCCACGAUGUGAUUGCAGUGCGCUUAGAAGCAUCAUAUUAUCCCAGACAUGUCUCUCCAGCCCUUGGAGCCCUCCUUUCUAAAUUCACUGUCAUAAUUUAGUAUCUGUUUAAUUUUUCAGUCCAAAGAGAGGAAACCAGUUGCCGGGUAUUAUUUGACUGCAAUCUCCUUCCUUGGUGCAAAAACAAAAUGGAAAAAAAUAAAUAAGAAUAGCUUGGAAAUUCAGAAAGAAAUCAUGAAUCCAGCUGAAAAAUAGCUUCUCAACUAUGCUCCAAAAUUAAGUAAAUACGUAAAAUGCUAUUUUUUUCCUAAGAGAGAUUUUUCUGUCCUGUGGCCACAAUGGAUGUGUCAGGCCUCAGUCACUCCUAAUCCACAAGGUCUGAGUUACCCAGGUUUCUGUCGUAGAGAAGAUGUGUGAAAAUCUAUUUGAAUAAAAGAAGUUCAUAAAUAUGCAUUGAUUUUUGUGCAGACAAAUGGCACCUCUGUUAAUUUAUAAAUUGAGCUGGAUGGGAACUAAUAACGUGCAACUAGUUGAGAUCAGAGGGUUACAGAUCAUUGUACAUGGGAAGUACUCCCAGCAGUAAACACUUCCAUUAAUGUGAUAAACAGCUUUUUAAAAGGUGCAUAUCAGAAUAAGAUGGUGGUACAAUUUGCUUAUUAAAACCAGGAAGGGGUGGGGGGAAGGGAAGGAGGGAAGUAGAGAGGAGGAAGGAGCCUGGGAGUCAUCAUCCCAAAAGCAAGAUGUAGAGCCCAGGCCACUCUUGCCAACCAAAAACCAGGGGCCAUGGCGAGAAGGGGUGAUUUUCAGAACGCCAGACCCACAAAGGCACCCUGUGAGCAGCUGCUAACCGUCCUGGCACAGCUGGCUCCUGGGAGCCCCUAGACUGUGUACUGUCCAUCCUGUCUGUUAGACUGAUUUGCCAUCAUGGGCCACAGGGUGCAUCAGACUUCAGCACGGUGGUCAAGAACACUAAACCGUGACACUGUUUAGUUAAAACAAAAUGAGGGGCAGCCUUGCCAGAGAGGGCCCUUGUGUCAUUGUGGCAGGGAGAAGGCCAUCACACUGGAAGACAGGACACUGGGCAAAGCCACCACCCGGCAUCCUGUGGAGAAGCUCCUUGCUCUCAUAUAUUGAACUUUAUAUUUUGUAAGAGUUUUUUCCUCUUCUUUCACUUUUUAAAAAAAAAAUCUAAAGUAGAUGGGAACAAAAGUCGAGCUUUAGACAGCGUUUAUAUGUGGGUGAGUGCUCGUGGAGAUCUCCAGUCUCAACACAGCUGGGGCCGACCAGUGUCCAGAAAUGUCACAGGUGCGAAAGCCAGUUUGAGACUGCUGCGCUCAGUGCCACAAACCCCAGGCUGGGUUGUUCAUCCUGCUGUCCAUCCCUGUGUCGUCACUUUAAAUGUGAAUAGAGAAAACAAGCUGUCAUGGCCUAUUUUUGAAGAAUGCAUUAGCACCCAGCCCUGCAACCCGCGUUCGCCUCCACGUAGCCUUUACCAUAGACUUCUAUAGAGAACACAGAUUAAAUUGUUAAAUUAUUUCCGUGUGGUUAAUUCCCACUAGAGGAGUGCUUUUAUCAUAGGGGAGCCUGCUUCAGAGAGGAAGUGGGAUCCCUUGCAAGGCCUCUCUUUGGGGUGUAUAUGAGUGUGUACAUAGAACUAUGUGUUUAUAAUAGAAUAUUUUCCCGAAUGACUCCUUGUUUCACAUCGCCCUCCACUGCCUGAAUGCUCAGUUGCUCGCUCUGACUCCCUCCCUCCCUCCCUCCCUCUCUAGGGCACUCUGACAUCACCAAUUCUUCCUCAAAACACAUGGCCCCCUCCCCUACCAAUUUUCGCUUUGCUGGAACUGUCCAAGGGGUAGCCCACUUUUCCUUGAGUUUUGGCAACAGAUGGAAUGGUGCCAGUGGGUUUUCUAUGCAGACAAGGGCGAGAAGCAGCCUCACCUGUGCUUACAUUUCACCUUCAGGGCCGAGUCCUCCCCUCAGCGACAACCUGCUUUCUCCUCUUUGUUCAAGCUGACGCCAAGGAAGAGUGAAACCAGGACCAGGGUUGUAGGGAAGGGCGUUGGGGUUUGAUGGAGAACUCUCGCACACUAAGCACUCCCUUUAGUGUGGCCCACAUCUGUAAGGAGCGUGUCAGAAUAAGAUAGUGGGGCGUGGACUUACUGAAGUCAAGAAGGGAAGUGGGGAAAGUCAGAGAAGCAGGUUAGCCGGGAAGUGGCAUGUAAGUUCAGAGACCACGGUUCCGUCAGGGCCCAGGUGACAGAUGUGCGAGCCAGCCCACUGCAAGCCCGUGCAGACUUUGUGUUCAGGUGCAUUUUCCUCUCUUACUGAGAAGCAGGCAGCUGAGGCCGGCCUGUGACUUGUCCAUCAAGUGUCCUGGGGUGGGGUGAGGGGGCAGUCUAGCCUGCAGCUACCUGUGCUGAGCUCCUGUUGUCCUCAGGUGAACAGUGUCGGUGUUGGGUGGAAAGCCACGCCCUCCUUAUUGUCCCCACUGCUGGGAAGGCUUACAGAGAGGAGCUAAGCACUGCUCUCCUACCAUCCCCAAGUGUCCCUGAAGGCUAAGAUGACGCCCCUCCUCCAGCCUUGGGCCUCUGCUCUUGGCUCAUCAAAUCUCCGGUGUGGCUGCUGGGGCACAGUACAUGCAGGCUGUCCUUGCCCUGCUCCCAUUAGCUUUGAGGGUCACAACACCCAGGCCUUGGGCUCCACUGCCCCGGUUACCCCAGAAGAGCCUGGUCAGAGCACCCUGCAGCUGGUAUCUCCCUUCUGUGAAGACCCACACUGAGUCUGUGUCGGAUCCCGGUGAACCAGGGACCUGCAGGCCCUGAGCCUAAGUUGUGCUCUGAGUUGCCAAGGUGGCCACCAUUCUUCCCUAUUUUCUGGCCGAGAUGGGCAGUCUCUAGCCCUCCUGGGGACACAACAGCACAGCUAGGAGGAGUGUGAUCAGGGCCUCCCACGCUACCAGGAGGCUGAGGUUUUUGAGAAGCAAGGCCAUGCCUUCUGGUGGGCUCUCCUCAGGUCUCCUAUCUCCAUCAUUCACACCCUCCAAGGUUCCUGAGGGUUUGCUAGAGCUGUGUCAGGGCUGUAUUUAUGACUUUGAAGCAAACAAAUUGAAAAGCAGUCAGGAAAGAAUUUGAAGAAAUGUGACACCAAUGAACAUCUUUCCUUAAAAAAAAAAAAAAUAACAAAACAGAAUUUAUCCCCCACGGCUUCUGUUGUGAAGGCACAGCUGGAGGUGAUUUCGCUCCUGUCACUCACAUGAAAGCUGUCAGGGCCAUUGGUGUCCCAUGUGCAAUCUUCUCUUCCACUGUCUCUUGGAUUCUAAACAGCCCCACCCCUGCCAGCCCUGGCUAGCACACAGUAGGACCAGGAAAGCCACAUGACCCAGCUAUCUGUGUCUGGCCUAUUUGGAGGCCUUCUCUUUAAAACAGCUGAUGUGAAUGGGUUUUUAGCCAAAAUGUAAUAUUCCUUCAUGAGAGGAGAGAAGGGCAGGAGAAGGGGCCAGCUACUCUCCUGGUGCACACACACACUUGGUCCUCAGGGUUUUAUUCUCACUCUGGCACCAAGCAGCAGCCUCCUCAGCUUAGAGCAGCCAGUGCCCAAAGUCAGGGCUCGUCUCUUUCCUCAAAGAGAUGGCUGACCAUCUGAGGCCUUAGUGUUUCAGGACACAGAGUCUCUCCCUGCUCCUAGCUUUCUCAGAGGCUAAGAUUUCUGUUUAGUUUCGGCUACUUUUUCAGCAUUGCUUUGCACCCUGGGUCAGAGUUGAAGAGGGAAAACCUUUCAUCGUAGAUGAGUCUAGACAGCCGACAAAGCUUUGUAUCCUUCCGUUUUCACAGACCCGGGUCAGGUGUGUUUACGUGCCAUUAGCCAGGCGACUCCCUGCCCAAGGCAGUGCACAGCGAGGGUCCAUGGAGAAGCUGGCCUCCUGUCCCUCAUCUUCAAGAGGCCAAUUUUCCUAUAGAAGAGCAGUAUUUAGUUCUGGGGUUUGCUCCUGACUGGUCAAAGCGUUUUUAACUGAGGCCUCUCCCAUAGUGAGCCUCAGGUAGGUGUGGGCACCCAGCACUGGCAGCUGCUGGGUCCAAGUAAGUGGCCUUGGUGAGUGAGAGAGGGAUCAGCUCAGGGCUUGUCUUCAUUUUGGUGGGCGCCUGGCAUCUGCAGGGGACCCCUGGGGGUCAUGAAUCAAGCCAUAUGAUGGACUCUCCCACCAUAAGGGAGGAUUGAUCUGGAGUUCUGUGUGCAGGGAAUUACAUAGCCUUUGUCUUGUUUCGGGUGAAAUGAAGGAACUAAGAGGUGUGAAUGGGUGGGGGCUGGGAUUAGGCCCAGAGGAGAGACCCUUGGCACACUGCUGCCAUUGUGCCCCAAUGUCCAGGUUCAGGACUGCAUCCACAGGAGCCCAGAUACUAGUGUGGAUGUUAGAGAGGGUUUUCAAAUGCUUGCAAAAAGAACUUAGUGUGGACUGUCUGAGGGCUUUGAGUAGAAAGACCUAUGUAGCCCAAAACAGAAUUGUAAACAGCCCUCUAUCCAUAGCUGAGGGACUCCAAAGCUACCUGACCUGCCUGGCUCAUCAGGGCAGGCAGAAAAGGGACCCAGGGUGCUGUGCAGUCCAAAUGUGGCUUCCGGUUCCUGCUCUUGCAUGCCCAUUUUGCUCACCUUCCAGACCGUGCGGUUUUCCUACCAGGGUGGUACUGAGGGUACCCAGGGCUCCUGUGUGGUGGACAGGCAAAAGACACCUUCAAGUGGUCUCUGUGACCAGAGAGGACAGACAUCUGCACCUUCCUGUUAGAAAUCACCCUUCUCUUCUAUGUAAACCUGUUCCCUUCCUCCCCACGUUGUGGGGUUUUAUGUCUUUAUUUUUUUGAGGGGGUGGUAGUUUUCUUCUAAAAUACAUCUGUUCUCAAGAUGAGAACCGGUCCUCCAGCUCUGAGCCCCAGGAAGUGAAAGGGUGUUGAGCCCCAGGAAGGCACAGGAGGUAGCUGGCCCCUUACAGUGGCUGAGCCUGGACCCGCAGGGGACGGAGCCCCCAGAAUCCUCUCUUGCCAGCUUCUCAUCCUCGUCUCCAGCUCCACACUGAGUCCUCAUCUUGCCAUAGGCGCUUCUUUGCAAAGGAAACCCAGGGCAAAGUAGGGGUGCAGCUGGCAGGUUUCCGGGCGGGGCAAAGAAUGCCAUGUCAACCGCCUAGACACAUAGAAGGUAGAAGCACAGGGGCUUCUCCAGAGGUGGGUGGUCCGUCUGGGGCAUUUUGAUAUUACCUCAUUCCAUAACUUUGUGUUUCCCAACGGCUGAUGCUUUAUUUAUGCUGUUUGUCCUGUAAUUAAACCAUCCACAGAUAUUUCGCUUUGCUUGUUCGUUCAUGCGACCUUGUUCGGGUUAAAUAUGCUGGUUUGUAUUUUCCUGCCUUGGGAUUUUGUGUCAGGUGUACAGUAUUCUAAGGGGAAAAGAAAAGGAAAAGUGUGUAAAGUAAUGGAGAGAGGUGGCUAUAGUGUAGAGACCUCUUUCUAAUAAAUGAAAAUAUGUAUA